CCGCCCCGGGGCCUGAACGCGCGCUGCCAGGCCCGUUUCCUUCUCCGAAAUGGCACCCGCUCUCUCCCCACUCUGGGGGUUCACUCAGGCUGACUGCGACCCGGCCGAGAGAACGCCAUCCGCCGUCGCGAGGUCCAAGCUUGGAAACGCGCCGCAAUAAGGUUCCUGAGUGGCAGGCGGUGGGGGGCGGACCGGGGGAAGCCGGGGCGGAGCCGGCGGAGUACGGCGUGCCGGGCUACGCCUCCCGGGGCCACUGGGCCGCGCCCGUUGGCGGAAGCCCGGCUCAGCCCGGCCGGAGACGCUCUGGUCAAGGGUCCGCGGCGGCGCUGCCGCCGCGCCCGCUUUCGCUCCUUGCCCGCUAGCUGGCCUCCAGCCGCAGCAACCGCGCGCCGCGGUCCCCGGGCCAUGCAGCGCUUAGCCAUGGACCUGCGGAUGCUCUCCCGGGAGCUCUCGCUCUACCUGGAGCAUCAAGUCCGGAUCGGUUUCUUCGGUUCGGGAGUAGGCUUAUCCCUGAUCCUGGGCUUCAGCUUCGCUUACGCCUGCUACUACAUGAGCAGCAUUGCCAAGAAGCCCCAGUUAGUGACAGGGGGUGAGAGUUUCAGCCGCUUCCUUCAGGACCACUGUCCUGUGGUGACAGAAACGUACUACCCGACGGUCUGGUGCUGGGAGAGUCGAGGACAGACACUGCUGAGACCUUUCAUCACUUCCAAGCCUCCGGUGAAGUAUAGGAAUGAACUUAUUAAAACUGCAGAUGGAGGACAGAUUUCACUGGACUGGUUUGAUGAUGAUAACAGUAAGUGUUAUAUGGAUGCCAGCACCAGACCUACUAUCUUAUUGUUGCCUGGCCUCACUGGAACAAGCAAGGAAUCGUAUAUCCUUCAUAUGAUUCACCUUAGUGAAGAAUUGGGAUACAGAUGUGUGGUUUUUAACAACAGAGGAGUGGCAGGGGAGAAUCUCUUGACGCCAAGGACUUACUGUUGUGCGAACACUGAAGACUUGGAGACGGUCAUUCAGCAUGUUCACAGUCUGUACCCUUCUGCUCCAUUCCUGGCAGCAGGAGUUUCAAUGGGAGGAAUGCUGCUUUUAAAUUACCUUGGCAAAAUGGGGCCAAAAACUCCUUUGAAGGCAGCUGCAACUUUUUCAGUUGGUUGGAAUACUUUUGCUUGCUCGGAGUCAUUGGAGAAACCACUGAACUGGCUGCUUUUUAAUUACUACUUGACAACUUGCCUCCAGUCUGCCAUUAAUAAGCACCGGCAUAUGUUUGUAAGACAAAUUGACAUGGAUCAUGUCAUGAAGGCUAAAUCCAUAAGAGAAUUUGAUAAGCGAUUCACUUCAGUCAUGUUUGGCUACCGAACAAUUGACGAUUAUUAUACCGAUGCCAGUCCAAAUCGUAGACUGAAAUCAGUAGGAAUUCCAGUGUUGUGUCUGAAUUCUGUGGAUGAUGUUUUUUCACCCAGUCAUGCUAUUCCAAUAGAAACUGCUAAGCAAAACCCUAAUGUUGCUUUGGUCCUUACUUCUUAUGGAGGCCAUAUUGGUUUUCUGGAGGGAAUCUGGCCAAGACAGUCCACUUACAUGGAUCGAGUCUUCAAGCAGUUUGUGCAGGCCAUGGUUGAACACGGACAUGAACUCUCUAGCAUGUAGUUCUUCAGGUGCAUUUUGUCUAAACCACCAUAUAAAGGCAGCUCAGCUUACUGCACAAAUCUUAAUUACUGUAUAUAAAGCAAAUAAGCCAGCAGGUGGUGAAGAGGUCCAGAAUGACAUGCAAAAACUACUUUUUGGAGUAACAAAACAACUUUGUAGCAAGAAAUAAAAUAUAGAUUUAGACUGUAACUUAUGUAGAUUUUAUUUUUCCUAUGCCUUACCAAGUAUGACCUUAAAUAAAGUAGUACAAACAUGGAAUUGCACUUAACCAAAACUAUUGUGUAAAAAGAUUUUAAUUCCUCAGGGUUUUAAUUUAGGCUAGUAUUUUUUUAGAUUAUUUAUUUUAGGUGAUUUAUGGUACUUUAAUAAUUGUAAUAGGACUUUGGUUAUUUGAAUGUAAGUUAUAAGUUGGCACAUUCAUAAGGGUAUUUAUACCUAAUGAUGGUAACAUGAAAACUGAAAUAAGAUAAAAUACAAUGUGCUAAAUCUUUCACGUAUUUUAACUUUAGAAGGCAAAUGCAACAAAUGUUAGACUGACUUCUAUACAUGUUCUUUUACUCUAAUAAUAUUAAAUU